UAGACCUGGGGUUGCGCUGAAGUCGUCUCUCCCGAGUGAGCUGAAAGAACAGCAUCAAUGGCUUCCUGAAAACAUUCCACAAUUUCUCAAGUAAAUCUGUGGAAAGAAUCAUCUCAAUAACCUAAAGAGAGAGAGAGAGAGAAGAAGAGAAACAAAAAAGAACCACAUACACCUAGAGAGAGAAACCGAAGAGGCAAAGAGUUUUCUUUUCUUUUCUUUCCUUUCUCAAGAGAGCAAAAAUGGUGCAAGUAAUACCAACACACAUCAAAGAUGCGUGGGAUAAGUGGAACAUAAGAGGAGCAGUCAUUCUAAGUCUUAGCCUUCAAGCUAUUCUCAUUUGCUUCUCCCCUCUAAGGAAACGCACACCAAGAAGGCUCUUGAUCAUGCUCGUUUGGACCUCUUAUCUCUUAGCAGACUGGUCUGCCAAUUUCGCUGUUGGUCUCAUCUCCAAGAAUCAAGGUAAAGAACUCAAACCUGAUGACCCUCCACAGGAUAAAAAGCUCAUGGCUUUAUGGGCACCAUUCUUGCUCUUGCAUCUUGGUGGACCCGACACAAUCACAGCUUUUGCGCUUGAAGAUAACGCUCUCUGGCUCAGGCAUGUCUUUGGACUUGUCUUUCAGGCCAUUGCUGGUGUCUAUGUGGUUCUCCAGUCUCUUCCCAAUAGCCUUUGGGUUAUAAUACUCUUAGUUUUCAUUUCUGGGACUAUAAAGUAUCUGGAGAGGACAACGGCUUUGUAUAGUGCCAGUUUGGACAAGUUCAGGGACUCUAUGAUUCAAGCACCAGAUCCAGGACCAAACUACGCCAAGCUCAUGGAGGAGUACAAGGCCAAGAAAGAGGCAAGACUCCCCACCAAGAUCAUUCUGAUUGAUGAGCCUGACAAGGAACAUAGGCCUAAGAAGUUAGAGCAUCCAUCAUUAGCCUUGAAGAAAACAAAAUUGUUGACCCAUCUUGAGAUUGUUCAGUAUGCUUACAAAUUCUUCAACACAUUCAAGGGCCUUGUAGUCAACCUUAUCUUCAGCUUCAGGGAACGUGACGAGAGCCUAGAGAUCUUUGAGAAUUUAGCUGAUUCAGAGGAAGCUUUGAGGAUCAUUGAGGUUGAGCUUGGUUUCCUCUAUGAUGCUCUAUUCACCAAGAUCGCGGUUCUUCAUACCUUUAUUGGAACUGUCUCACGCAUCGUUGCUUCUGGCACCCUUGUGGCUGCAUUCAUCCUCUUUGAUAAGAGACCUAAGAAAGACAUACACUUUCAACACUCUGAUGUUGUUGUUACCUACACGCUGUUUGCAGUUGGCAUAGCUUUGGAUUUCAUAUCCAUCCUCUUGUUUCUAUUCUCUGACUGGACGUACGCUGCACUACGUAGCUUGAAAGAAAACCCUGAAGAGGUUCUAUCGUCCCGUAGAGAUAAGUUUUUCAACUGGUUACUUGGUCUAAGAGAGCUGCGUUGGACGAAGCAAGUGUGCAAGCAUGAGUGUACCGACGAAGGUAAGAAACCGUGUAUCAAGGAAGGUGAUGGUAAGUGUUCAAUAGAACAGGAACAUGAAGUGCUCACGACACCAUUCUUCCUCCGGAGGUGGUGUGGAAGCAUCAACGUAUUUAACUUUAUAGCAUAUGCAACAAAUGCAGAGGUGGUGAGGAUCCAUGACGCCAGAGGUGAUUUCCGCCGCAUCUCAUGGAUGAUAAUAUCUUUCCCAUUUGAAAAACUCAACUUCAUUAUCCAGAAAGUAUUUGGAUAUAUUCUCGAUUUGAUCAAUGAUGUGCAUAGAUGGAUCAGCCACAGAGUCAAUGCGUUAUCAAGAAACCAUCCUUGGGCUCGUCUUACUAUAUACCCUAUCUAUUUCGAGUUCAUAUCCCGCAUCCCUUAUUUCAUCAUAUCCGUGUGGGAUAUCCUCAGCGAGUUCUUCGACAUCUCGGAUACGCUUGAUAUAGUCCACAAGACGCUAUUUGUACACGGAGAGCCCAUGACGAAAGAAUUGUGGGACUUCAUGUUUGAAGAGCUUAGAAACAAAUCAAAGUAUGGAGACAGUCCUGAGAAUGCCAGGAGGAUAUCUUUGGCUCGAGGAGAGUGGACUUUAAGAGAAAACCUGCCAGAGGAUGCAGAACGUGAAAAACUGGUACGUUAUGUCACAAAGGUCGAUUAUGAUCAGAGUCUUCUGAUGUGGCACAUCGCAACCGAGCUCUGUUACCAACAACACGAGGAAGAGACUAUCCCAGAGGACACUGAUAAAAAACAUGAGCAUUAUAGCUACCGGGAGUUCAGCAAAAUCAUAUCAGACUACAUGAUGUAUCUCCUGAUCUUGCAACCCAGUCUAAUGUCCGAGGUUGCUGGAAUUGGGAAGAUAAGAUUCAGAGACACAUUGGCUGAAGCUGACAAGUUUUUCCAGAGGAGGCAUAUCGAGGACAAGAAAAGCGUGAAGAUAGCCACCGAAAAUAUCCUGAACGUCAACAGUAAAACUGAUCCAAUGAGCGUGAAGGGAGAUCGAAGCAAGUCUGUGUUGUUUGACGCAAGCAGGCUAUCGAAAGACCUUACAGAGAUGGAGAGGACGCACGGAAAAGACAAAUGGGAGAUACUGAGUAAAGUAUGGGUGGAACUUCUGUGUUAUGCAGCUUGUCAUUGCGACGCUACAGCUCACGUGGAACAACUAAGCAGAGGCGGUGAGCUCAUAAACUUCGUGUGGCUUCUAAUGGCUCACUUUGGACUAACAGAUCAGUUCCAGAUCAACAAAGGAGAUGCCAGAGCCAAGCUCAUAAUAGGCAAGUGAGAGUGAACAAGAAGAACAACAAAAUUCAUUCUGCAUUUGUAUUUUUUUCUACUUUUCUCCUCAAAAACAAUGAACUCUGUCCUGCAUAGGGAUGAUGACAUACAUUCGUAUGCUUUUGUGAUUGCAUUAUCCCAAAUAUCGUUGCCAAACAUGUAUGAAAUUGGUUUAACAUCAGUCUA